AUGGCCGACGCCGAGCUUCGUCAGCGAAAGGCCGGCCCGGCUUCCGACGACCCACGCCCCAAAUCAUCCGAGCCGGAGCCAAAACCAAAAUCCAGACGCCACCUCGACGACGACGACGACGUAUACAGUCCCUGGGUGGACGUUCUCCGCGUGCUGUCUUUCCUCCUCGUCGCAUCAUGCGGCUUGAGCUACGUGAUUAGCGGAGGGGAAAGCAUCUUUUGGGGCAUGAAGGACAAGCCCCAGUACCUGCGUGUUGGGUGGUGGAAGUCCCAAUUCUCUGGGCCAAUCUACCUUACCGAAAAGGAACUGCUGGCGUACGACGGCAGCGACGCCGAAAAACCGCUGUACCUGGCCAUCAACGGCACCAUCUACGACGUCUCCAGCAACCGCAGGAUGUACGGCCCCGGCGGCUCCUACAACGUCUUUACGGGCCGCGACGCUGCGCGCGGGUUUGUUACGGGGUGCUUUGCUGAAGACCAAACGGCUGAUCUGAGGGGCCUGGAGGAGAUGUUUCUGCCGGUCGACGACCCAGAGGUGGACAAGUACUUCACUACGGCGGAGAUGGAAAAGAUGCGUGAGGAGGAGCUGGCUGCGGCCAAGGAGAAGGCGCACGCGGCGCUGCAGCAUUGGGUCAAAUUCUUCGCCAACAAUCACUUUGAGCUUGGUGAUUCUUAG